AUGGAUGAUGGUUCUCUAGCUUAUCACUUUCCCUUCUUCUCUCCAUCCCCACUCUUCUCUUCUUCUCCCAACUUUUCUUUGCUUUCACCUCCUGUCCUACCCACUUUUCUCCUCCUCUGCCUUCUUCUCUUCUUCCCACUUUUCUCUUCCUCUGCCUUCUUCUCUUCUUCCCACUUUUCCCCUCCUCUGCCUUUGUCUCUCCUUCCAACUUUUCUCCUCCUCUGCUUUUGUCUCUCCUUCCAACUUUUCUCCUUCUCUGCCUUUGUCUCUCCUUCCAACUUUUCUCCUCCUCUGCCUUUGUCUCUCCUUCCAACUUUUCUCCUCCUCUGCCUUCGUCUCUCCUUCCCACUUUUCUCCUUCCCACUUUUCUCCUCCUCUGCCUUCGUCUCUCCUUCCCACUUUUCUCCUCCUCUGCCUUCGUCUCUCCUUCCCACUUUUCCCCUCCUCUGCCUUCGUCUCUCCUUCCCACUUUUCCCCUCCUCUGCCUUCGUCUCUCCUUCCCACUUUUCCCCCUCCUCUGCCUUCGUCUCUCCUUCCCACUUUUCCCCUCCUCUGCCUUCGUCUCUCCUUCCCACUUUUCCCCUCCUCUGCCUUCGUCUCUCCUUCCCACUUUUCUCCUCCUCUAUGUCUUUACACUUUUAUCCUCUUUUUCUCUCUUCUCCUUUUUAUUUUUACCCUUUCACUCUCUAA